GUUUCAGUGACAAUCAUUUCCAGGAAUGGCAUGAAGUCAUUUUAAAAGUGCCUACCGUCUGAAUUAUUUGCUAUUUUUUUUUUAAGUUGGAAAUUUGUCAACUCCCACAGAUGAAGAAGAUUUUAUGUAUCAUAUUCUAUUUGAGAGCGUAAAUGACUGUUUUUACACAUUAUUGUGACAAAUAGAAAUUCUGUGAUUGACCAUGGUACAGGAGGACUGGAAAAAAAAAAUCACAAUAUGUGCCUUAAAAUCUCUCAAAGCACACAUAUGUCAUUAAACCACAUUACUCAUCACAUUCAGUGACAUUUUCCUCUCUACAUUUCUCUAAUCUCAAAAGUUUGCCUGUUAUUGAUGAGAAGUAUUAAAGGCGUUGGGAAAUGUGGUUGUGAUUUUAGACUUUUGAAUGAGGUGAAAACAGUUGCAUGUAAAGCGGUUGUUUGCUGAUGUCACUGAUGAGAGCAUGAUUGUUUAUUCUAGUUUCAGAACAACAAACCAAAACACUCUGCAUAUUUUAUUGAGCGCAUGAGGGAUUCCCCCACCAGUUAAGAGAGAGUAUAAAGCCCAUCACACUCUUACUAGAACACAUACUCUGACCUGACGACACACACCAUGAAGAUCUGCGUUGUGUUUUGUGUAGUUGUGGCUCUUGCGAUGGGCUCUCCGGUGCCUCAGAACACACGGCAGGGUUCGUGCACCUCCGCCGCAAGAUCUCUGCUCAGCAACCUCUCGCACAUCAUGGAAAAGGAGGGGAAGAUGAAGCAUCAGGAUUUGUUUGCUGGUUUUAACUGCACUGAUCUGGAGGCUCGGAUGAUUCCUUACACUCACACAGCGUCCGUCUGUCAGCCCAUCGCCACUGAUAACACGUCCUGCUCCAACAGCAGAAGCUCCUCUUUCAGCGAGACUGAGUGUUUGAGGAACAUCAGCGGUGAUCUGCACUAUUAUGAUCUGCUGCUGAACUCCUACCAGCCCAGUGUGAGCGAUCUGGGUCCGGUCAUGACGGCCACAAAAGACCUCAUGCUUUGCUUGAAAGCAAACGGCGACGCCGCUGAAGGAGAGUUUCCUCAGUGGGUUGUCUGGAGCGGCUCGUCCUUCGAUGACCGUCUGUCCCUGUGCAAAACGCUGAAGGGCUUCCACGUGCGGGCCAUCACCAUGAACAGAGCGCUCGCGUACAUCGCCUCCGGAGACCACAGGAAGUGAUGUCAUUUCACUACAACUAACUCAGAUUUCUUCUGUAGGUUAAUCUUCACAUGAUCAAUCAAACCGCACCACCACAUGAAAACGGCUCUGACACGAGCCUAGUUCGAAACUAGUUUGUGACACUCAUAUAUAUACUCAUAUAUAAGCUAGAUGAUUUAUUCAUGCUGAGUAUGUUUCAGCAUGUUUAUUAUUUAAUGUAUUUAUUUGUUUUGAGAAAUUAUUUAUUUACAUGCAUGUAAUACAUUAUUUAUUAACUAUUUAUUAAAAUAUUUGUGUAACAAAAAAUGUAUUUUGUGUGGAUGACACCUAAGAACAAGUAAAAGAAGAUCAUAUCAGAAUUGAAUUUUUUGAUUAAAGACUUCAUGUAAUAAAGAGGGUUUACUGAACUGCAAAAAUGACUGGCGUUAUUGAAGGAUGGAGUAUAAAAACUAGACUGAAAUACACAGAACUGUUAUUCAAGUCAAGAAGUUACAAGCCAAUACACAGAAAUGUGCCAUAUAUUUACAGAAUGGCACAAAAAAGACUAAAGGGUUGAAUAACUAAAACACUGUUAGUAUUUUCAUGCAUUUUCAUGUUUUAUUCACCUAAAGAAAGGUCACCCAAGGUAAUUUCACCAAAAUAAAGAGAUUCCCCUGAGAAAGUACAUCAUAA